CGAAGAUGGUUUAAUUUUUUUUAUAUUUCUAUUAUUUAUUAAUUUCUCCCAAUCGUAAACCUGCCUAGCCUUCUGCCAGCUGGGCCAGAGCAUAAAGCCUGGGACUGCACCUGGGGCAAUGAGCCCUGCACUGAAGAAGCCUCCUACAGGGAUGUGCCGGCGCCGCGCAACAGACUAGAUCCAAGCCCCGAAGCUCACACCACCAGUUAUUCCCUCUCCCUCAUCCCCUUCGCCCGCCUUUUCUGCACCCAGUCCCCUUGAAACCUCGGAUCAGUGCCUGCGCUGCGCUCCGGAGAUCUUUGCCGGGGUGAAAAGCCCGGAGACCAAGGAGAGACGGGGCGGCCGUGCUAGAUGCAUGGGGGAGGGCUCCGGUUAAUGCAAGUUCUGGGCUCCUGCAGGGACCCCGACAACUGUCAGCAGCAGCAGCUCGGGGCCUCCUCCUCCGCUUCCUCAGCGAUGCUUUUCCACAGUCUGUCCGGCUCGGAGAUGCACGGGGUCAUCGAUGAGAUGGAUCGGAGAACCAAAAGCGAAGCACCGGCCAUCAGCUCGGCUAUAGACAGGGGAGAGACCGAAACGCCGACCAUGCCUUCCAUCAGCAGUGACAGGGCUGCCCUGUGUGCCGGCUGCGGGGGGAAAAUCUCCGACCGUUAUUACCUCCUGGCUGUGGAUAAACAGUGGCACAUGCGCUGCCUGAAGUGCUGUGAAUGUAAACUCAACCUGGAGUCCGAGCUCACCUGCUUCAGCAAGGAUGGCAGCAUUUAUUGCAAGGAGGAUUACUACAGGAGGUUUUCGGUGCAAAGAUGUGCGAGAUGUCACUUGGGAAUUUCUGCCUCCGAAAUGGUCAUGAGGGCCAGGGAUUUGGUAUAUCACUUAAACUGCUUCACUUGCACCACUUGCAACAAGAUGCUGACCACCGGCGACCACUUUGGCAUGAAGGACAAUCUGGUGUACUGCCGCCUCCAUUUCGAGACUCUGAUCCAGGGGGAGUACCAGGUGCAUUUCAAUCACUCGGAUGUAGCCGCUGGGAAGGGCCCGGCACUAGGAGCGGGCUCUGCCAACACUUUGGGACUGCCUUAUUACAACGGUGUGGGGACUGUCCAGAAAGGGAGACCCAGGAAGAGGAAGAGCCCAGGACCUGGGGCAGAUCUGGCAGCCUACAAUGCAGCUUUAAGUUGCAAUGAAAACGAUGGCGACCACCUGGAUAGAGACCAGCAAUACCCCAGCAAUCAAAAAACAAAGCGUAUGAGGACAUCAUUCAAACACCACCAGUUGCGGACAAUGAAGUCAUACUUUGCUAUUAACCACAAUCCCGAUGCCAAGGACUUGAAACAGCUAGCUCAGAAAACUGGCCUGACCAAAAGAGUUCUUCAGGUUUGGUUUCAAAAUGCUCGAGCCAAAUUCAGACGGAACCUCUUACGUCAAGAAAACACAGGGGUGGAUAAGACUUCAGACUCAACACUCCAAGCAGGAACCCCAUCAGGUCCUGCCUCAGAAAUAUCCAAUGCCUCCAUGAGUCCAUCCAGCACUCCCACUACUUUAACGGACUUGACUAAUCCUACUAUGCCUACUGUGACAUCUGUCUUGACAUCAGUGCCCGGAAGUCUUGAGGUUCACGAAUCUCGAAGUCCUUCACAAACAACUCUCACGAAUCUUUUCUGAUGACUCUCUCUUAAUAAUUUCUUUAAAAAAGAAAUUAUUCUUAGCUGAAAUUCCAAGUGAAUUUUAAUAGAGGCUUUGAGCAACUGACUAACCACAAUUAGGAUCUCUCCUAAAAAAACAGGAGGAAAUGUAGUGUUCUGGUAUUGCGGAGUACGGACUGAAGAAUAACUUGGAAGAUCUAUUGCAACACAACAUUUGUGUAACUGUACAGUUUUGUGGACUGAGCAAGGGAAACAGCAAUUAAUUUAAGUUGGCUAAAGCUUCUGUAUUUUCAAAGACUGCCAUGUGCCUUAUAUACUGUUUUAUCUACAUUCUUUGGAUUCCAUGUCCACUUCUCUCUUUUUCUCUCUGUAUAUUUAUGACCAGGGCAAAAAUGUUAAGAGUUUGUUACUUUGAAUAGUCCUAAGCCUUUCAUUGGUUGCUUUGUUGUUUUAGAAUUUUAAGGUCGAAGCCUGUUCGAAUACCAGAAUUUGUAAAACCUAACCAGUAAUAAAACCACUUAUGGAAACUACUUGGUAAUGGCUGCAGUUACAUUUAACAUUAGUGUCACAAUCAAGAUAGGCUGGUUGUAUUUAAAAGGAUUAGAAAACUGCACUUCAAGCACAGUAACUGCCUUGGGUAAACUCUAAAUAUGAUGUAUACAUUCUUCCUGUUCCUGAAGUAUAUAUGAGUGAGAAAUCUAGCCUGUACAACAGCCUAGGUAUCGUCACUGUAGAGAAAUGAUUGUUAGUUGCAGGUAGAAUUUGUCAGAUAAUGUUAAAAUUCAAACAGAAGAACUAUACUUAAUCUUGAUGUGUGAAAGAAACUUGUCUCCAGCUAGAAUUUCUGAAAACAGUCUUGCUUUUGUGCAAGAGCUUCAUUCCAUGGAGGAGGCAAGUGGGGUCUCUGACAGCUGUGUGGCCACAACCAGUCCAUUACAGAGGUGGACACUGGGUAAUGUUUCCCUAGGAAAGAAACAGAAAUGUUUCAGGUUAUUUUACAACACUGGCGGACAAAGUUGAGGCAAAAUUACGUUCUGCAGAGUCACAGCCUUACAUUUUUUGUGAUGCUUUGAAGGAAUAAAAAUGCCAAGGAAGAAUAUAUUAUUGAUACUAACAGAAGUGGUUAUUCCUUGAAUGAUUAUGGACCUUUCAAUACAAAUGAAUUAUUUCUUCCCAAAAUGUCUGUGCAGAAUAUAACUCAUAUUUUGAGGUUUAUUCCUAUUGUUUUAAACGAUGCUUUUCUGUAAUUAAAGAAAUACCUCAGCAAAGAUUAAAUAUGUGUAAGGAGUACACACUAUGCUGUUUGCCCAGUAGUUCUAUAGAUUUUGAGUGGUACAUAAGAUGCAUAUGUUUGUUCCUUUUCAAACCUGUCACAAUCAGUUUCUUUUGGUCAAAUGUUAGGUUGUUUGUGACUAGCGCUCUAAAACUGAUCCCUCAUUCCCAUUGGAUCAAAAUUGCUAAAAGAUUAUUCCAAAUAAACAACAAGAUAGGUGCCAAGAUUUGGGUUCGUUGCCCUUUCAGUGCAUUGAAGAUGAUUUAGUAGGCCAGGCUCUUGGGUAACAAUGUUUUGGGUUUUAUAGUGCUACGUUUAUUCGGCUUUCUCAGCUGAAAAUUUGCCCUUCUGGUACAAGUCAAAUUCCUAUUGAGAUCAGUGAGAAAUCUCAGAGGAUAAGGACUGUGGAAUAGAAAUGCUGACAUAAUUAGGUCAUUUAUUAACCUUUUUUACACUUCAGCUUAACCCACUGUGUGU